CUUUGAGCCAAGCGGAAGCGCUGGUGGCGCUGCGUUGACGGACGGUGUUGCAGUCAGCUGAAGCGGCGUUCACAGACACCCGGAAGAGUCGUCACCCUGCCCACGGACCCGAACCCCUCGGUGCCGACCAGUGCAGGAGGACCGGCGCCGCGCGGCUCCUCGGGUUGGUGAGCGCCGCUGGGCGGUCGAGGUCUGUGCUAGCUUCACUUUCACUUCGGACCCGCGGAGCCGCUCCGCCACCAACUCGCUCCACAGCUGAACCAGAGAUGAGCGGCGUGGAGGUGGAGGAGGCGAGGCGGAGGGCGGAGCUCGCCCUGGUGAGCGGCCCGCCGCAGGCCGCGAGGCCCGAGGUGGAGAAGAUGGCCGCCGCCUCGCUGCCCCUGUCGCAGAAGUACCGACACCUUCCUGCCGAGUCCAUGCUGACGGACAAUGUGGCCGGCAGCGGCCAUCGCCAGGAGGCGCUGAGCCGGCUGAUCAAGGCCCUGAACAUCCUGGAGAAGUACGGCUGCAACCUGACCAGCUCGGCGCCACCCAAGUACUGGCGCAACGUCAAGUUCAACAACCCGGUGUUCCGAGCCACGGUGGACGCCGUCAGCGGCGGCCGCGGUGUGCUGCGCCUCUACGGCUACACCCACCAGCAGGAGGACGGACUGGGAUUCCCGGACCACGUGACCGAGCCGGACCGGGGCCGGGUCGCCGCGGUGACGGUGGAGGUCAUGACCUUACGUCUGGAGCUGGAGAUGCUGGUGAAGGACUCGCAUCCGGACCCUCAAGUCUUCUCCCAGGUCUUCGCUGCGAGUCCUCAGCAGAGUUUGGUGCUCAGUCCCGUUGUCUCCGUCCCGCCGUCGGACCCGCGUCCAGGCUCCGCCCCCUCCCCGGCACCGAGGCGGCCUCCGAGACCUGCGGGUCCGCCAGGCUCUCAGCACUGCGGCGUGUGUGGCGGCGCCGCCUCGCUCGUCUGCCCCUCGUGUGACAACCAAACCUUCUGCGAGGCCUGUGACCACGUGUACCACCGGCACCCGUCCAGAACCAACCACAGGAGGGUCAAGCGGGCCCAAGCCAAGCCUGUGUCUCCAGAACCCUGCAGCCUCUGUGGUGGUGCUGCUGUGCAGGCUCACUGCGCCACCUGCAGACAGCACUUGUGCCUCAAGUGUGACCAGAUCUUUCACUCGCACCCGGAGCGCUGGAACCACGAGCGGAGUGUGGUCUCCACCAUCGUCCCGCUGGCUCAGUGGGCAUGUUCCUACUGCACCACGGUCAACAGCUCGCCGGCCGCCAUCUGCUCCACCUGUGACCGACCCCGACUUGCCGCCGCCACUGCCGCGGCCUCUGCGGUUCAGGAAGCCCCGGUGUCGCCCAAGUCAGACUGGGCGUGUAAGACCUGCACCAUGAUCAACUCCGGCAGCAGCGUUCUGUGUGAAGCCUGCGAGCGCCCCCGCCUGGCCACUCGCCCGCCUGCCGCCUUGCCGCCAUCCGCCCAGGAAGCUGCGGCGCCUGCUGGACCCGAGUGGAAGUGUCAGGUCUGCACGUUCCUCAACAGCAAGGCCGCCGCCGCCUGCGACAUGUGCGGCUCUGCCAAAGUCUCGGCCGGAGCCGGUCAGCGGCCUCCGGCUCCCCUCCCGAGGACCCGGGUGGGCGCCGACCUGCAGAGGCAGGAGCGUAUGAAGGCUGACGGCCUCAGCCUGAUGAGGCAGAUACGAGAGGCGGAGAAACAGGGCAUCAGCCCAGAGGAGGUGUGCGCCGCCGUGGCCGUGUGCGGCGGCAGCGGCCCGUGUGACUGGCUGCAGUCGGAGCUGCCGCACCUGCUGGACGAGAUCUGCGCCAUGGCGGAGUCCAUGGUGGUCAACCAGGGUCCGGCUGAGACUCCGGCAGGAGACCUGAAGCUCUCUCGGGCCGAGGCCAAGCUGGCCUGGGUGGCAGCAGGGGGCGACAGUGAGCGAGCGGCCAGACAGCUGCUGAGAGAGCACCGCGUCAAGAUGAAGGAGCUUCAGACUCUGGGCUUCAGCGAUGUCUCCAAGUGUGAGGAGGCGCUGAGGCAGAGCGGCGGCGACCUGAGGGAGGCGCUGGCCCUGCUGCAGCGCCCCCUGCUGGAGCCCUUCCACCAGCACAUCUGGACCGAGCAGCCCGAGCCGCCCAUUGACCCGGCACAUCACGACAAGCAGAGGACCUGCCGCCGCCUGCUGGCGCUCUACAACCUGCCCAGCUGGGGGCGCUGCGAGCUGAUCCUCUCGCUGCUGCAGGAGCCCGACGUCACCUACUCUCUGGAGGACGUGGUGCAGGCCGUCAAGGAGUCUCACGACCGAGACUUCAUCCGACGUCUGCUGAAGAUCGAGUGUCCCUGCUGCCUCAGCAGCUUCCCCCUCAGCAAGAUGCAGUCACUGACGUCGUGCCAGUGCUCCGUGUGUCUGGAGUGUUUCGGGCGCCACUUCACGGUGGCGGUGAGAGACCGCCACAUCAGAGACAUGGUGUGUCCCGUCUGCGGCGAGCCCAAGGUCAACGACCCCGAGCAGCUGGACCACUACUUCUCCACGCUGGACGUCCAGCUGCGCGGCUGUCUGGAGCCCGAGGUCUACGAGCUGUUCCACAAGAAGCUGACGGAGCACACGCUGAUGAAGGACCCCAAGUUCCUGUGGUGCUGCCACUGCACCUUCGGCUUCAUCAACGACGGCGAGCAGCUGAGAGUCACCUGUCCGUCCUGCCGCAACAGCUUCUGCGCCAAGUGCAAGAAACUGUGGGAGCCGCAGCACAAGGAUGUGUCGUGUGACCAGUUCCACCAGUGGAAGCGAGAGAACGACCCGGAGUACCAGCGGCAGGGUCUGGCCGGCUUCCUGCGGGACAACGGCAUCACGUGUCCCAACUGCAGGUUCCAGUACGCGCUGACCAAAGGCGGCUGCAUGCACUUCGUCUGCACGCAGUGCCGACACGAGUUCUGCAGCGGCUGCAACAACCCCUACCACAAGACCAAGUGCAAGACGGCGGCGUGCUUCUGCAAUGGCCUGCACGCUCACCACCCCCGGGACUGCCUCUUCUACCUGAGGGACUGGGAGCCGGCGCGGCUGCAGGAGCUUCUGCAGAGGAACGCCGUGGAGUUCAACACGGACGGCGCAGACACAGCUCAGCCAGCCUGUGGCGUGAUGGUGCAGAAGGAUGAGAGCGGGCUGAUGGUGGACUCCCCGUGUGGCGCCGACACCCAGCCGGGUCACGCCGGACUGUGCGAGAAGCACUACUGCGAGUACCUGGUGAACCUCAUCAACGCUCACGCUCUGGACCCGGCGCCGCUCUACCAGGCCAACGAGCUGGUCCGAGUGUGUGAGCGCCACCAGCUGGACACGCAGAGAGGAGAGGGCGAGGACGAGGAGGCCCACCUGGCCCGGCUGCUGCAGGCGCUGACCACGGUUCCUCUGGGAGACAAGGUUCCUCGGAACAAGUGAGGAGGAGGAGGAGGAGGAGCGGCCACGUGUUUCAUUUGAACAUAAUAAAGGUUUUCAGCCGCU